AUGGCCACCAGCCCCCCCGGCCCCCAGCCCCACCUGGGCUCCAUCCAGCAGCAUCUGCACGCCCAACUGGCGCACGCCUCCCCGAACGCACCGCGGCCGCCCUCAACUCCACGCUCCUGUCGCAGCUCCACUCCAACCCGCUGCUCUUCUCCACCUCUACAGUCCGCCCUCAGCAAAGUCCAAGAUGGCCGGCCACCCCUUCAAGUCGCACCUGCCGGCGCGCAGCUCCUCGCCGCCGCCCAUGGAUUACCCCCGCGGUCCUCGUCGCCCUCGCACCUGCACUGCCCUUCGCGCGCGCCGGGGGCCUCGCCUCGGCGGCCUGCCGGGGGAGCGGGUCUGGUCGGAGGCGGCUUCGAGGCGUCGGCCUCGGGGGCCCGGCCUGGGGGGCCCGGCUCGGGGGGCGGGCUGGGAGGCUCCGGCCUCGGGGGAGGAGGCCUCGCAGGCCCCGGCUUGGGGCCAGGAGGCCUUGGAAGCUCCGGCCUCGGAGGCGGCGGCGCCCUGCUGGGCUCGGGGGCGCUCAACAUGAGCUCCAGCAGCCCAAAUCCUUCCGGUGGCCUCGGCGCCCUGGAUGGGCUGGUUGGCGGCUCGGCGGGGGCUUCGGGGCGGCGGGAGCCUUGGGGGCGGCAGUGGCGCGGCGCUCGCAGGCGUCGCGCACGUCGAGCCAGGGGAGCGGCGACGCAAGGCUCGCUGACACGGCGGCCGAGGCCCACAUGGACCCCAGCCAGGAGGUGUGGGGACGCGCCGGAGGCCAAGGCGAGGGACGACGGGUUCGACGCAGGGGACACGCAGAGCUCCACGUCGUCCAACGGCGGCGGCGGCACCAAGCGUCGCGGGCGAGCAAGCGGCGACGGCGUCAAGGACGAGGCUUACUGGGAGCGCCGCCGCAAGAACAACGAGGCCGCCAAGAGGUCCCGAGACGCCCGCCGGGCCAAGGAGGACGAGAUCGCGAUCCGCGCCGCCUUCCUCGAGCAGGAGAACCUCAAGCUCCGGGUCGAAGUGGCGUCGCUCAAAUCCGAGACGGCGAAGCUGAGGUGCAUGUUGUACAACAGCUGAAGACGCCGGCAGGCCCUCCGCUGAGCUCUGCCACCACCGCGCCGUUUGUGCCUUCAUCAUGCCUCUCACCUACACCUCUCACACGACUCCACGAGUGCCUCUUCAGUCGCCACUUUGUGUAAUCAUUCUAAGUAUAGUCUACUCUUCGCCUAAACUAGGUCUUAUCUAGGUGAACUGUCAUCCCAAUCCUGUAAUUUAUGUCAUGAGCUCUGCUGGUAGUCCUUCGCUGACCAGUGACAGACGCCAACCGUAGGAGCGAAUAUAAUUCUUACUUCCAGAUAUUAAUUCUUAAGAGGGCUCUUCGUCCCUGGUGAACCGCCCACCGUUAAUAGCGGCAAAAAAGCAAAGAAAAAAGAGAAAAGGAUCCGGACAUGUGCCUCAUUCUCAAAGAGAUUCAUGACCGCGUUCCUCGUCUGACCAGCUGUCUGUCUUUACUAUGUCUUCGAUCAUCUAUCGAACUGGAAAAGUCAAAUCUCAAACAAUUCUAAAUUUCUGUUUUUUAUUUAUAUAUAUUCCAAUUUUAAACUCACCUGAAUUUGCCUUGUGAUCUCAAAUAGGGUACAGAAUAACUUUACGUGGGAAGACAUAGCAGAAACGACAGCACCGGCACGAUACUGUGCAUC